AUGGUCAUGCUCAGGAAUCUCCUCGUCUUGCUUUCUGCUCUUGCCGUAGCCCAGGCAACAAUUUACUACUACUACCCCUCAACAAACAGCAACGGCUGCACGAACUGCGGAACGACCUACUACUACCCCAACAACAAUAACAAUAAUGGAUAUACUACGUAUUAUUACUACCCGAACAACAACAACAACAACAACAACGGCUACAAGACUUAUUAUUAUUAUCCGAGCAACAACAAUGGAUACACUACCUAUUACAACAACAAUAAUAAUGGAUAUAGCAAUGGCUACAACACCAACGGCUACACCUACUACCUUACCUACGGGCGCAAGAAG